AUGGCUUGCGACUCUAAUUUUCACAAUGGAUACGGCAUGGCCUUGAGUAUUCUGAAGAAAAGAUGGCUUUGUGAUUCUGAAAUGAUUGACUUUACAGGAAUGGAGAUUUUUAGUUAUUUUGAGACAAAAGAUGAUACGCAUAAAGAUACAUGGGACAGAGCCCUCUCAAAUGUAUGCCCCACGAAGGUGGAUUAUACUUCUGAGAUCGUCUCUGUCUCUGAUUUUGAUACGUCGUUGAUGUUUUUACAGCCAGUGAGGAUCACUGAUUGGGAUAAGUUGCAACGAUAUGAAAAGGAAGAUAAAGAGCGAAGGAGAAGGAGGAAAAAGAAGAGAAAAGAGCUUGACGAACAAGACCCCGAGUUAAAUGAUGUUGAUAUGGAAACAGCUUUUCACAGAUAUUUAAUGAAAAGGACGAAUAAUGAAUGUCAUGUAAGCAUAGUAGACUUAGGGUUAUAG